UCACUGCUGGGCCAAAAGCUCCAGCCGACCUCGCUGCUCUUGCCCCGCACUGGAGUUGCAGAGGUUGAAGCCAGGGAGGUCAGCACACGAGGGUCUUCCAGCUCCCGGCUCCUGCUGGGACGGCCGGACCUCCCUGCGCUGGCAGGGCCCGUGUCAACGCCCCGGCAGCGGGGCCGGGCCGGGCUCUAAUCCGGUUAGGGGGGAUUAGCACGCAGGUUUAAAGGCCAGAGCGGGGAAGGGGUGCGGGCGCGUCGGAGAGGAAGCGGCCGCCGCCGAGUAGCGGGGCAGCCCGGCCGGCAGCGUUGUAGACGAUGCCAGCCAUCAACAUCGAGGACCUGAGCGAGAAGGACAAACUGAAAAUGGAAGUGGAGCAGCUCCGGAAAGAAGUGAAGCUGGAAAGGCAGCCGGUGUCCAAGUGCUCCGAAGAGAUCAAGAACUACAUCGAGGAGCGGUCGGGAGAGGACCCGCUGGUGAAGGGGGUCCCCGAGGACAAAAACCCUUUCAAGGAGAAGGGAGGCUGUGUCAUCGCUUAGGAGAAGGAGCCCCGCGCCUGCCCCUGGAGCAGACAUUCCUCCCGUACCCGUAGGGAGUGACUAGCGUGUCCCCACCGCCGCCGGUCUGUGUCGAACGAGCACAGGAGCGGAUUUCUUUUUAUUUUCUAUUUCUCCUUACAAAAAUACAGAAACCCUCGCGAAAGCUGCCGAGCCCCGCGCCGGCCGCUGGCCAGGGCCGGCUGUGCCCCGCUCCCCGCUGUGGCCGGCCUCCGUCGCUGCGCGGGGCCCGCUCGCCACCCGCUUGUCGGUCGCUUCGUGGCUGUUCGUUGGCAUUAAAGAAAACCUGCCCGUAA